CCUCACUCUGACAGACGCUCUGCGGCGCGGCUGGCUGGCUGACUCCGGGAGGAUGGACGCUGUGUCGCUGGGCAGUGUGCAGGCCUCACCGGCCUCGCCCCGCCCCGCCUGCGUCGCCGACUCGGAGGACGAUGCGGCCGGCGGAGGGAUGUUCAGCUUCAACCAGACGCACAUGAGGAAAUCCUUCCAGCUGAUGAACGAGCUGCGGAACAAGAAGAUGCUUUGCGACGUCCAGCUGGUGGCAGGAAGCGUGGAGGUGCCGGCUCACCGGGUGGUCCUGGCGUCCUGUAGCCCCUACUUCUGUGCCAUGUUCACAGGUGAUAUGAGUGAGAGUAAAGCCCACCAGGUGGAGAUCAAAGAGGUGGACGGUCACACGCUGAGGAAACUGGUGGAUUACAUUUACACGGCGGAGAUCGAGGUGACGGAGGACAACGUCCAGGUCCUGCUGCCUGCAGCCUCCCUGCUGCAGCUGAUGGACGUGCGGCAGGUCUGCUGCCAGUUCCUCCAGUCGCAGCUUCACCCCACCAACUGUCUGGGAAUCAGGGCCUUCGCUGACCUGCACACGUGCACGCAGCUCCUCAACCAGGCGCACGCAUACGCCGAGCAGCACUUCACUGACGUGGUGCAGGGUGAAGAGUUUCUGGGACUUUCCCUGCAGCAGGUGUGCAGCCUCAUUUCCAGCGACAAGCUCACUGUCUCCACUGAGGAAAAGGUGUUUGAAGCCAUGAUUUCCUGGAUCAAGUACGACCAGCCGGCUCGUCUGGAGCUCAUGCCCAAACUGAUGGAGCACGUCAGACUUCCCCUCCUGUCCCGGGAUUACCUGGUCCAGAUCGUGGAGGAAGAAGCUUUGAUAAAGAACAACAACACCUGCAAAGACUUCCUGAUCGAGGCCAUGAAGUACCACCUGCUGCCGGCCGACCAGCGCCACCUCAUCAAGACCGACCGGACGCGGCCCCGAACGCCCGUCAGCAUCCCCAAGGUCAUGAUCGUGGUGGGCGGCCAGGCGCCCAAAGCCAUCCGCAGCGUGGAGUGCUACGACUUCCAGGAGGACCGCUGGUACCAGGUGGCCGACCUGCCGUCCAAACGCUGCCGGGCAGGUGUCGUCUCCAUGGCGGGCCGGGUCUUCGCGGUGGGCGGGUUCAACAGCUCGCUGCGGGAGCGCUCGGUGGACGUGUACGACGGGGCCCGGGACCAGUGGAGCCCCGUGGCCAGCAUGCAGGAGCGGCGCAGCACGCUGGGGGCCGCCGUGCUGGGGGACGUGCUGUACGCCGUGGGGGGCUUCAACGGCAGCAUCGGUCUGUCCACCGUGGAGGCGUACAACUACAAGAGCAACGAGUGGCUGUACGUGGCCUCCAUGAACACCCGGCGCAGCAGCGUGGGGGUCGGCGUGGUCGACGGGAAGCUGUAUGCAGUCGGUGGUUACGACGGAGCGUCGCGUCAGUGUCUCAGUACGGUGGAGGAAUACGACCCGGCCUCCGAUCAGUGGUGCUACGUGGCCGACAUGAGCACACGGCGGAGUGGAGCAGGAGUGGGCGUGCUGGCUGGUCAGCUGUAUGCCGCCGGCGGACACGACGGGCCUCUGGUGAGGAAGAGCGUGGAGGUUUACAACCCGCAGAGCAACAGCUGGAAACUGGUCUGCGACAUGAACAUGUGUCGGAGGAACGCAGGCGUUUGUGCCAUCAACGGACUGCUGUACGUGAUCGGAGGAGACGACGGCUCCUGCAAUCUGUCCUCUGUGGAGUUUUAUAAUCCCACCACAGACAAGUGGAGCCUGAUUCCCACCAACAUGAGCAACGGCCGCAGCUACGCCGGUGUGGCGGUGAUCGACAAGCCGUUGUGACGAGACCCCCUCGCUGUCAGGCGCCCUCAGACCCCUGGGUUGGUUUUGGACGAAGCUCUUUGAGACGCUCAUGGAGGCGUUCAUCAGCGGAAGGAUCGUGUCGAGGGACGUUUUGAAGCCCGCGACGGCUGCUUCAGCUGUCAGGAGACGCGUUCGAAACUGGAAAACACAGACGGACCGAGGGCCCUGAACGCACCGUGUCAGGCCAGCAGGCUGCUGCAAUAAUCCCAAAGUCUGGCCCGUGAUUGGCUGAUGCACAACGGAUAUCUUUGUUUACAGACUCAGCCAGAUGUCCGCAGGGCGAUCCGGAGGAAGGGGUCCAGACCGGCCCGGUCCGUCUCGUCUCCAGAGCUGCAGGACCGCAGGAAGAAUGUAGAAGACGUCUUAUAUGCAAACCAAGUUAUUUAAUAUUUUCACACGGUGGCUCAGACUGAGGCCGGGACUCUGCUGUCCUCUCACUACUGAUGCACUGACCUCUUGCACUGACCGAACCAGACCGGCGGACCCCCAGCCCCGUCUGACCUGCUGUCCAGCUUUUUAACCUCUUCCAUGCCAAUAACAUCAUAAGAAACGUGGCCAUACCAUGCUGGAGACAUUUUUUUAAAGCUUCAUAACAAACUAAAUGAUAAAAUUAGUUCUCUUGUUGUCAAAAUGCACUGUUGAAACUGAAACAGCCUCAUGAGAUGAGCUGCAGGGCUUUUAUUUAUGGCGGUAGAUCGAUCACAGAGCGUUGUCUGGACCGUCACUGUGUCCUCCUCACGUGCACUUAGGAGACGGAGGCUUUUAUUUUGGAGGAAGUUCAGUGGAUCUGACCAGUGCUACAAAGCUGAAGACAAAGCCAGGAUUCAGUACAGACGUCGCACAGCAGCAGAAUGAAGUGUGUGUGAGUGAAGACGGAGACGCUUAUGACCAUCAAAGAAUUAAACGUUUCAUUUCACACAAGGAAAUUGAAGCACAACACACUCAUUUUCCACUUGUCUUAUCUUUAAAAAUGUUUCCAUUUUGCAGCAGAUUUCAUUUCUGUUACACUUAAAAACGACCGUAAACAUUUCCUCCAUUGGGUGAAAUCACUGGUUCAGCGUCCAGAUAUUUCCUGUUUGUGUCACUGCAAAUUCCUCACGGCCGAGUUUUGAAAACUUUAGACAAAACACGAAGAGGAAACAAAACAAGCACAAAUGUAAUGCUGGACACUUGUUGCUGCAGCUCAUCUCCAGCUAAUGGAUGUUUAUAUUUUUCUGAAUAAAAUGGAAAGCGGUAAAUUAAGUGUAUAUAAAGCCCUUUUUUUUCUACAGAUGUAAAUGAUAUUUAAUUCAGUCAUUUUUCUUGUUAAAACAAUCUCACCGAGGGUUAAAUUUAGACUCAAACAGCCUGAGGUGAGCUUGUUUCUUUACAUUGCUGUUGAAGAUUAACGUUCUCACUAAGUGCAGAUGUUCUAUUUUUUACCGUAAACUGUGUUUCAGAGCUGUCGAUGUUGUGGAUUUGCGGUCAGGAGAUUGUAAAAUUCUUAAUAUAGAAGAGCUGUAAUUUUCAAAAAUUUUCUGAAUUUGGAAAAAUAUUUUUUUUUGUCUUUAAUUGACCACACAGGGUUUAGAAAAAUUCUUUUUUUAUUUAAUCUGUUGCCAAAGUCAUUUUUGUUUUUAUUUAACUAACAUUUCUCUUUUACAUUAAAAUAAGUUCUAUUAACGUGUCUCAUUAAAGAAUUGUACCUCCACGUGUUGAUUUAUCAGGGUUUCGCUGCACUUCCUCAGUGGGCGUGAUCAGUUUGAUUGGCAGGUUUAAUCGAUCAUUACCUGCUGGGUGUUUAAGCCAGGUAGAACGGAAAUAUGCUGAUAAAUGAAGA